UACUCACUCGGACGGCCGGCCGCGGCAGGAAGGGCGGCGAAGAGAGAAGGGGGUGAGGCUCGGCCGGAACCGAGAGCGAUCUCCGGGAAAGCGAAACUGAAACUUUGCGCCCCGGGGCGGCGGGGCGGGCCGCACCCCUGCCCGGCGCAGCGGCUUCGCGGGGCGCGCGCCAUCGCCGUGCGCAGAGCCAUGGCCUCGAGCUGCAGCCCGCCGUCCCCGCUGCUCGUGCGGGUGUCCCAGCCCGGCAGCCGCCUGACGUGGAAGCUGGAAAAGUACUUCCAGAGCCGGGAGUCGGGCGGCGGCGAGUGCACCGUGCAGGCCCUGGACCGCAACGACCCCAGCUCGGACACCUUCCGCGUGCAGUUCGUGCAGAGGGCGGCUAAGGAGGGAGUGUUGAAAAAAGGAAAGCACCAAAUUGUGGUUGACAACACACCUGUGACUGUUUUCCUGGAACCCAAUGAUAAUGCAAAAGAGAAGAACACCAGAAUGUCUUCUUCGACACAGUCACGAAAGGGGCCAAGGGCUGGUGAGAAGCAUCCAGAUGAAAAGGACAUUCCUAAUGCUGUGGAUUCCUGUGUCCAGAAGAUCUUUCUUACUGUCACCGCUGAACUGAACUGUCACCUGUUCUCUAAAGAGCAGAGGGACCACAUCGCCAUUCUCUGCCCCAGUGUCGGACAAGUGAAGGGCCAUGAUGGAAUUGAGAAAGUGUGUGGUGACUUCAGAGAUAUUGAAAAAAUACAUGGCUUCUUGAGUGAACAACUGCUGGGAAGGGAACAGAAAUGUGAAUCUUCCCCUGUGACAAUAGAGAGGGAGCCUCUUCAUCAGCAGGACAGAAGCAGCUGUGUUUCUCCCUCUGAGCCAAAAACCAGGUCAGAAGGAAAAAGCAACCGUUUUGAAGUUCCCUUGGCUUUCUUUGAAUACUUCACAUACACAUGCCCUGAUAAAAUAGACUCAAUCGAGAGCAGAUUUGGUACAAAAAUAAAAACUCAGAAGAGUUCUCCGAAUAUGGUCUAUUUAGACUUCACCUCAAGUCCAUCGGGGAACCUUGAAGCAGCUCACGAGUCUUUUAUCAGAGAAUUUCAGAAGACUGUAGAGACUGUGAAGCAGGAAUGUGUUGUUCUGGCAGACAGUAAGCAGACAAACAAAAUGAAACAGGAAUUAAAUCACCAGUUCGCAAAGCUCCUCAUAACGGAGAAAGGAGGAGAAUUAACUCUCCUUGGGACCGCAGAUGACAUUUCAGCUGCCAAACAUUUUCUUGCGUCAGCAAUGUCUGAAAGUCCUGUCAAGGCACCUGUGAAAAUACUGAUGCCCAAGCACAUGAUGAAUGGAAUUGAGGUUGACACGGCUCAGUAUAAGCUUUUAGAAGCAGAAUUACUCCAGGAGAUAUCAAAGAUAGAGAAAAAGUACAACGCUCAAAGUAAGAUUUUGGGAACAGGUCAGAAAACCCGAAUUGUAUUUGAACCUAAAGCCAAGGAGUUAGAUCUAUCCAUGCAUGCUUAUUCAAGUUUCAUUGAUGCUUAUCAAUAUGUCUCAUGUCAGAUUAUGAGAGAAGUUCUUUUGCUGAAAUUUUGGGGCAAAGAGAGAAAGCACUUACAUGGGACCAAGUUCUCUGAUGACUUCAGAAAAAAGCAUCCAGAUAUACACAUUGUGCUAAAUCAAGAGUCAAUGACUUUGACUGGGUUGCCAACUCACCUUACAGAGGCAAAACAGUAUGUCUUAAACAGGGGGGGACUGUCUCCAUUAGCUAGAGAGAAAUGGAAUGAAACACUCACGGACCUUGAUAGGAAUGAUUCAAACACAGCUUCACCCACAUUGCAGCCCUCUGCCAGUUCUGAGGUGUCAGAAGUGGACAAGGAAAAGGACAAAUGUACCAUCUGUUUGAACACCAUUAGUGACAAAAAGGUGCUCCCAAAGUGCAAGCAUGAAUUCUGCAGCCCUUGUAUCAAAAAAGCCUUGUCCUAUAAGCCAGUCUGUCCUCUGUGCCAGACUUGCUAUGGUAUCCAGAUAGGGAAUCAGCCAAAAGGAGAGAUGCAUACCACCGUCUUAAAAGACUCACUUCCAGGUUAUGAAUCCUGUGGCACCAUUGAGAUUACUUACGUUAUUGAAGAAGGUAUACAAACAAAGGAGCACCCAAACCCAGGAAGGAGAUUUUCUGGAAUAUGUCGAAAUGCAUACUUGCCUGAUAACAAGGAAGGAAAGGAGGUUUUGGAUCUGCUUCACAGGGCCUUUCGACAAAGACUGAUUUUCACAGUGGGAGAGUCUCGAGUGUCAGGAGCCUCAGAUGUCGUUACGUGGAAUGACAUCCACCACAAAACGUCCAGGUGUGGGGGACCACAAAGGUAUGGCUACCCUGAUCCUGACUAUCUGAAACGCGUCAAACAGGAGCUGAAAGAUAAAGGAAUUGAGUAAGAAGAGUAUUGGAAGGAUGCCUUGAGCCAAGCUUGCAAAAGGCACAGCUGAAGAAGCAGAGUAAAUUCUAAUCUAAAUCCUUACGUAAAAACACCGUUAAAAAUUUUUCAUCUCAAGAAUUAGUUUGCGAGGAAUGCCCUGGCAGUCCAGGGGUUAGGACUCCGUGCCUCCACUGCAGGGGGCACAGGUUUGAUCCCGUGAUCGGGGAACUAAGAUCCUGGCUAUGCAGCCAAAAAAAAAAAAAAGUGGAUUGUUUAAGAGUAAGGAUCUGCUGCUCUGUCAUUUCUGGAGCGUUACAUUUCAUGGAAGGUAAAAGCCCCAGAGAUCUGUGUAAUUUUGCUGCAGAGGCAGUGUGCCUUAUCCUCGUGUCAUCGUGGGGGCUGGAGGGGUGCAGUGCUGUGGAUCUGGAAUCAUCUUCUUUGCUGUUCACGUGAAGUACUAGCUGCCCAUUGAUCCUCCUUUUAUUGCCAUCUCUGGGGUAGUCCUUUAGUUCUGUUUGUUUGCCCUUUAAUCCCUAUCCUAAAAGUGAAAUCCUAAUGUGAAUGGCGGUGGGGGUGGGAGCAAGGCUUUGGUUAUGGAAAAUUACCCACAUUCCCUCCCUGCCCCAUGGCCAGAGAAGUGACCAGGGCAGAGACUGAGCAGCCUUUGGUAAUAAAUGGAAUAAGACUAUUAUUUUUUACAACACAGAGCUUGGUGUGCAGUUGGUGCUUCAUAAAUUUUUGCUGCCUGACUCAAGUUGCUAAUAACCCAGCAGAGAAAUAUAUGUUCCCUAAAUCUUUGGCAGAGGCAGGAGUAAGGGAGACAUUUCUGGAAUCCUCACCACUUAGUUGAGAAACUGAGCUUCUUACUCCAGAACUCGUGCCCUCUGAACUCUGACCUGCCUCUAACUUUGUCCUUGCUCCCUGCUGAUCCUUGUCAUGUGCUGUAUGGUGUGCACUUCCCCUGCCCUAGUGAUGCUACACAUCUCUGAACAUUUUUCCCUCUGGAUAUUAUUGUACUUUUGUAUAUACCCCGCUUCCCAUUUUAACACACAAAUCACAAAAAUUUCCAUAGACCAUCAUUUUCUCAGUAGCUACAGCCCCCACAGUAGCACUUUUUCCCUUCCUUUUGCUAAGUCCUGCCACCUCAUGCUUUCUCCCUUAAAAUAUGUCUCCCUAAUAAUGUCUGGACAGAGAAAAGGCUAGAGUUGCGCCUACUAUAAGGAAUAUGUGACAUAUCAAAAUUUACUUUUAAAUGCUUCUCCAACUCAGAAGAAAGUUUUAAUAGCAAACUGCCUCGUUAUCCACGUCCCAGCCUCUCUCCAAAAAAUGAUGAAAGAGAUGUUUCUCUUUUCCUAAAGAUACCUGUACACACAUUUUUUUUUGUUAGACAGUAACAGUUAAUAUUGUGUACUUAUUUUGUCCCCUUUAUAAGAGCUUUAUAUCUGUGUGAUUGAUACUAUUAGCAUCCCCAUUUUAUAACAGAAAACGGAUGCACAGAGAGGAUAAGUACCUUGACAAAGGUCACAUAAUUAACAAGUAGAAGUGCUGGGAUUUGAAGGAGUUAGUCUGGCUCCAAGCCUUCUGUGCCCCAGAGCUGUACUGUCUCCUAGAGGGGUCUCCACCUCCAUGCAUCAGGCUGAGGAGUUCCCAUCAUGCUGAGUUGCUCUCAGAAAUGGAUGCCUGUACAGUACUCAAAGCAGAUUUCCUCUGAGGAAGUCCUGUUUGAAGAACUUAAAAAUCCAGGAUCUUUUUCUUUGUCCAGAGAGUUGAGGAAGUGUAAGGUAAAUGACAUGUCUUUUAAAAAAAAAAAUCAGAUUAGACAUUUAGUUUUUGGUGAUUCAUUAAAAUCUUAGAGUUAUGAUUAAUUGUUCUGUAUCUAUGGAUAUUUUAGCUAAAUUUGCUUCAAAAAAGCAAAAGUUUGGUUCCUGCUAAGGUCUGGAUCCUUGAUUGCAAUGUGCAUGCAAGUUUAGUGGUUGGCGAGGCUUUGGAUUACUGCUUUUGCUCUGUGGAACGUAUUCUCAUUGGUAUCUGCUAUAA